CUGAACUAACCACCUACCUACAUAAUUUCCAAAACAGUAUGAAGUAAAUUAAAUUUUUUAAGAAAAUAAUAUACUGCAUAAAUGUAAAAUUGAAAUACUUUUGGUAUAUAACUCUUAAAAUGUGGAUACAUCCAAAAGAUCAUUUACUUCCUCCAGCAUUAUGGGUUAAUGAAAAAACAUCAAAAUAUUUUUUAUUACAAAAACGUUUAGGCCAUGGACAAAAUUCCUGGUCUUCUUUAUUUGUAGGAACAUUCGAUAGUGUAUUUGAAAAACCACCACCUUAUAGAAUUAUUCAUCAAACACCAUCUUCUGAGGUAUAUUAUGAAAUUGCAGUUGGUUUGACACAAGAUGAAAUUCUUAAAGAUUGGGAAUGGUUACAGAAAUAUCUUUUUAAUGUUCUUAAUGAAAUGGAAAAUGAAGAGGAAAUUACUAAUUUUACUGUUUGUAAAAUACAAUCAUUAUACGCACACGAUCAUCAAGGGAUUGAAGAUACCGGAGAUUCAGUUAAUUUUAAAAUGUUAGCAACAAAAUUUCGACAAGAUUUUAAUUUACCAGAAGAAGAACAACUUGUAAAUUAUUACAAUUGCAGUUAUGUAAAAAACAAAAUACCCCGUCAAGGUCAUUUGUAUUUGUCCUUAAAUCAUAUAUGUUUUUACUCUUAUAUGUGGGGAAAGGAAACAAAAUUAAAUAUAAGAUUUUCUGAAAUAAUUGAUAUCCAACGGUAUGGUAAUGCAAAUUUGUAUUUAAAAACAGCAAAUAAAAUGGAUUAUAAUUUCGUUAUAUUUUUGAAAUUUGAUGAAGCAUAUAAACUAGUUGAGCAAUUAAAUAAAAUGGCCUUGCAACAAUUAAUACAGGAUCCUGAUAGUCCCGUCCUUGAUCAUGACAUAUCGUCAUUUAAAAAAAAUGCAAGCAAUAAAAAAUCAAAAAAAUCUAUUUUAUUACGAGAUUUAACUGCAAGACAAAACUCUGAAGAAUACAAAAUAUUUUUUCGACUUCCUAUAUAUGAAAUUUUAGAUGGUAAAAUAAAAGCAAAUCUUUGGAUGUCGUUUAAUAAAAGGUAUGCUCCUGGUUUCAUAUUUUUAUCACCGAAUUUUUUAUGCUUUCGAAGUGAUGUGAAAGGUUUAGUUAGUUUGGUUAUUCCAUUUAAAAUUAUUAAGAGUGCAGAAAAAAAAGAUGAUGGGCCAAGUAGAUUUGAAAAUCAAAUUGUAAUUUCCACUUCUGAAAAUGGUCCUUUUCAAUUUUCAAAUAUUAAUGAUCGUGACUUCUUAAUACAAAAAAUCUCAGAGUUAUUAUCAAAAAUUCAAAUCCCAGUGAAUAAAGAAAGAGCAAAAUAUGACAUUUCUUGGAGUAAACAAGUAGCUUUAAAGAAUUCUUUUAAAACUGAUGGUCUAAGCGAUGAUAUGAUUUUAAAACAAAAGUUAUUGGUGAAUAAAUGGGAAGCACAUUUUCGUGAUUUUGGUCGAGGAGUUUCAAUGUUUCGAACAACUGAAAUUAUUAACCUAAUUGUUCAAGGAAUACCUGAAGAUUUAAGACAAGAGGUUUGGUUAAUAUAUUCCGGGGCAAUACAUGAAAAAGAGAUGAACCCUGGCUUAUAUGAGGAUUUAGUGGAAAAAUCGGCCACUAAACAAUCUUCAAUUCAUGAUGAAAUUGAAAGAGAUCUUCAUAGAUCACUGCCAGAACAUCCAGCUUUCCAGAAUAAAGAAGGAAUAAAUGCCUUGAGAAGAGUAUUACAAGCUUAUGCAUUGAGAAAUCCGCAAGUUGGAUAUUGCCAAGCAAUGAAUAUUGUAACCUCAGCUUUCCUAAUUUAUUGCGAUGAAGAAAAUGCUUUUUGGAUGUUGGCUAGCUUAUGUGAAAAUUUAUUGCCAGAUUACUAUAAUGAUAAAGUGGUUGGAGCGCAAAUUGAUCAGGGAGUCUUAAAUGAACUUAUUUCAACAUAUAUUCCUGAAUUACAUAAGCAUCUCGACAAGCUAGGUAUCAUUAAAAUGAUUUCUUUAUCAUGGUUUUUAACUAUUUUUUUGAGUGUUAUACCAUUCGAAAGUGCAUUACAUAUAAUUGACUGCUUCUUUUUUGACGGGGCAAAAGUUAUUUUUCUGAUUGCUCUUCAAAUAUUAGAAUGGAAUCAUGAGAAAUUAUUACAAUGCAAAGAUGAUGGAGAGGCAAUGCAAUUAUUGGGUGACUACCUUGGAGGAAUACAUAAUCCUGAUUAUCAACUGACUUUGAACAGGCCAGAUCCGAAACCAAAAAGUCAAUCAAUUUAUACUUUAAUACAUGAAGCGUAUACUAAAUUUGGCGAAUUCAUUUCACUACAAAGAAUUGAAGAAUUGCGUAAUAAACAUCGUCGCUUAACAAUUCAUCAAUUUGAAAUAGAUAACGAAAAUAGUAUUAUAAAAAACUUUAAAGAUAAUACAUUUUUUACAUCAGAAGAGCUUCGUUUAUUUUUAAUGCUUAUUCGUGAAGAAAAAACUAUACGUCGAAAACAUAUUAACAAAUCGGGGAUUAUAUCAAUUGAAGAUCCAAUACUUUUGCCAAAUAAUGAAACUUCAACUGAAACACGGGAUCCUUACAAUAAGUUAGAUGCUUAUAGAACAGAUUUUGAUAUUUACAAAGUAUUAUUCUAUGAAAUCACAGAUUGGAAUAAGUGUGUCACAAUUGAUUUGGCUGAAAAACUUUUUAGGUUAACUGAUAAGAGGAAUACAGGUACUAUUGAUUUUAAUCAAGUUAUUAAAUCAAUUGGAAUUGUUUGCUCGAAUAAAAACUUUGAUAAGUUAAAAUUACUUUAUAUACUUCAUUUACCACCUUUGCUAACAAAAUCGGAAAUUGAACAAACUAAAAAACAAGAAAAAAGUAAAGAUGGUACAGAAGUUGGUAUAGAAGCUGAAGAUUUUUUCGGUGAUGAUGAUCCAUCUGAAUCUAUUGAAGCCUUACCAUCUCCUGCUGAUACAAAUUUUAUUGAUUUUAGUUUAAAAGAAUUGGAAAAUUUGAAUAUUAAUAAAAAUUCAAUAAAUAAUUGUGCAAUUGCUACACAAUCAAAAUCAGAUACAUUAAAUACAACUUUUCCACAAACAAAUACUAGAACAUCUACAUUUUAUGUAGAUUUACCAGAAAUAAAUUCUGGUCAUGAACCAUACGAAUCAAUUGAAACAUUUUCAGAUAUAAGUGAUUUAGGAACCCGAAAUAUGGAUAAACAUUCAAAUGGUGGUUCUUUAUCAAAUUUUUCUCAAAUAAGUGAUUCAAAUAUAAUGAAAUUAGAAACUACAGAAUCAUCUGAUACAAAAAGUUUAAGUAGUUUAAGAUGUUUUUUAGAUCAAUCAGAUUCUAUGAAUGGACAACAAUAUAAAGCAAUUCCAAAUAUUAAAAGAUUACAUUUUGAAACACUUUGGAAUAGUUUAAUUGAAAUUAUGGGUGUUAAUGAUGAACAAAUGGUAAUAGCUUAUAAUAAUUUAAUUGAAAUGGGAGAAAAUCAAAAUCGAACAAGUCGUGGUAAUAGUUUGGGUAGUUUUACACAAUUAGCUAUUGGUAAUAUAGAGACUGAUGCUAAUGGCAAUACUUCAAGAGCAAUUUUUAAUGAAUCUAUUAGUGGAAUACCUUGUACCAGUGCUGCUUCAUCAUUUUCAAAUAUUGAACAAGAUAAAAUAUCAUUGAAUACAACACCAUCUCCUCCAUCAACUAAUGAUGAUAAAUGGGAAAUUAGUAUGAGACAAUUUUUGGGUACAGUUUUAGCUGUUAAUUCUAUUGAAAAAUUUUUUUCUAAUUCAGUAUCAAUUAAAGAACGAAUUGAAAAAUUACAAAAAAAUCGUAGAAAAUGUAUCCUUCCUAAUUACUAAUAUAUUAUUAAUAAGUAUCAAUAAAUAUUAUGGAUAGUGCAGAUUAAUUGAAUGUUGAAUAAAAAUUAUAAAAAGCAAAAAAAAAGAAAAAUUUUAUCCAAAUUAAGUGAAAAUGAAGAAAAAAAAUGUUUUAAACUCUUUUUUUAAAACUGUCAAAGUUAUAAAAUAUAGAUAAAUAUAUUAUAAUUUACACGUUUUUUCUAUUUUAUUUUUAUUUUUUUUUUUGAAAUAUUAAUAUAAAAUAUAAAGUUUGUAGUGUAUAGAGAAUGUGAUUUGAAUAUUUUGAAACAAAAGCAUCAAAUGAUUUUAAUUU